UUUAGCGACUGUAAUCAGUUAUGUAACUAUAUACAGUACAUGGAGCAUAGCAAAGAAGAUGCACCAAGCCCCUCCUGGCUUCCUUCUUUUCGUACUUCACCUCAAGACUCAGACAAACCUAUAACCUAUGCUGACCUUGGAAUUUCUGUAAAACACAAAACUCAACAGACGGUUUUGGGAACAACAAGAACAUGGAACAGUCUUUCAAGAUGGGAAUGGUCAUAUCUUGUGGUGUCUCUACUCGGUCUCUCUGCAUCUUUGGGUGUGACAAUUGAAAGACUAGUGGUUUUAAAGAAGAACUCUGAUGACUAUACCUUUGCCAUGGUCUUGUUUCUAACUCUAGUAUUUUGUUUUUACUAUGUUAUCCAUGGUGUCUUCAAGGAACGUCCAUAUGAACUUGGUGUUUUUAUCAUUAGUAAUUUUGUGGUGUUGAUCUACUGCAUCAUCAACUAUAGUUCAUGUGUUAACGCAGAGAGCACAAACUCAGAAAGCUGUACACAAGACAUAAAAUCCAUGAAACUAGUUCGACUGGUUUUGGCAGCUGUUUUGUCUCCUUGUUUGAUUACUGCAGGAAUUUGGCUUUUCAGGAACUAUUAUGUUUCAGGGAAUCUAAUAUACAGAACAGUGGGUGCUGAUCUUGCUCUUCAGAACAUGUGUCAAAACUUGUUUUUGUGCUCAACUCUUUUAAAGUUUGAUUUACAACUGGAGGGUAGCAUGAUAAUAUUAGUAUUAAAGAAUGGAGCUGUCACCACUGACACUUUCGAGAGAGUUGUAUUAGGAGUAGGAGUUUUCUUCUCUGUUAUAUGGAUCAUCCUGGGAUUUUUAGCAAUGCGUUUUGAACAAAAAGUGAUGGUCUGGAUCUUCCUGGGAACAAGCUUUUUUGAACCUGCAUAUGUUUUAUAUGAAAUGAUAAAAGCACACACCAGUAAGGAGCUGGAUACAAACUUAAGAAAUUGUAUUUAUCUGUGUGGAAGUUUUGCAUUGGUGGUAAGAGUAGCUGUGUUUGUUUACAUGAUACUUGUUAUGAAGAACUUUGGACAGGGUCUAAGACAAAAAGUUUAUGGGAUAAAAGAACAUUUAAGCAGUGAUCCACCCACUGAAAUACAGGAAGAUAAUGAAGUUAUCGCUCCAAACGAUAAGCCUGAACCAUAGGGUCCAGAGACUGCUUGUAAAAUCAAAACUUCAUAAAAAUAUUUUUCUGGUAACAUUUUUCAAAUCAGAAAAUAAAAGGAUUUCUUUGAAUACUGUGAUUAUUAAACAAUAUGCUUUAAGUAACAACUGUUUGAAAAGAUGUAUUCUUAAGUCAAAAUAUCUUUAAUGCAACAAGGAAGUUUAUAAGUACGAUUUUUCUAUGAAUGUUGGUGUAAUUUUUGUUGUAUAAAGAUCUUUAUGUGGUAAAAAUUUUCUCUGAAUACUUCCAUAACAUAAAGGAUGGUUCUGUUUUAAGCACAGGCUUUGUAUUUCAUAAAGUUACUUCAAAUCAAGCUACUGGAUUCUGAAGGAUGUAUAAUUCCCUUUAAAAGUUGGCAUUAGUCAAAUUCUAUGUAACCACAAGAUUUCGAAUUAAUUUAUUUUCAUGAGUAAUUAUUUUAUAAAAAGAUAGUUUGAAAACAUUCUAAAGCUUCUUGUAUAAGGAUUUUUUCUUGUUAUAUACAGAAGAAUUAUCAGUUAAAUAGAUUUCACAAGAUAAAGGGUUAGAAUAAUAAGUAAUUACUAACUAGCAUUGAUUCACUGAAAUUGAAAAAACAUAUGCCACCUGUAGAACCAUUAUGAAUAAGUCCAUUAGUAUGAAACAAAAUAUUAACAAAAUUGUGCUUUAGCAUGAUGCAGUUAUCUUUAGAAAAAUAAGUCAUAAAGCAUGUCGGUAACUUUUAAAAAUUAUUAUUUGUUUCAUUUAUAGUUAAUUAAUAUUUUGAGAAUGUCAUGAAUAAUGGUGAAAAAGUAUGCAAACUACUGGUUUCUUCACUGUGAACAGUUGUUUUUUUAAUUGCAUUUUCACUUGCAUACGUAAAGAGUUGAACUUUGUUGCGUACUGCUACUGCCUUGUUCCUUGUAUUUAUCACUAAAAAUUUAAAAUUUGUUACCAAAUGUAUACAAGUUUUGUAUAUCGCAAAACUUAUAAAAUAUUGUAUAGUGCAUUAGAUGUACUACAUGAUUGAUAAAGCUGUGCUCAUUCAUUGUGACACAUUCAGUUUCCUUAUCUGUGGCUUUAACUUGGACUUUAUUUGGUGUGAUAUAGUUUUGAAAAUUAAAUGUAUUAUGCAAGUAUUUUCCAGCAAAAAAUGUUUCAGGUAUAAAAAUAUAAGGUAAAUUGUAAGUACAUUAUUUUUCAUACACAAGUAAAAUGAAAGCAAGAAAGAAGCUAUAUAAUAUUCAUAUUUCAUUUUAAAAAUGUUUGAUUUUGUGAGUGAUAUAUUUUUUUGUUUUAAUCUUACAUUUAUUUGUUGUAGGGAGAUCUUGUUCCAUCUAGUCUGAUUUAGUGUUUAUUAUGUUUUAUAAUUAACAAAGUUUAUUAAACAGUAACGCAAAGUUAUCUGGAGCAUGGAAAACUGGAAGUAUAAAAAUGGUUUGGAAUUGCAGUAAGGAUAAUGGAACAAAAUUUUGACCGAUAUACUGAUCUGUUUUUUAAGCAUAGCAACCUUAACAGUAUAUAUAUAUAUAUAUAUAUAUAUAUAUAUAUUAAGAAUUUUUGACAAUUGGGUUCCAGUUUUUCAAAUUACUUAUCUAAAAAUCUUUGUUUAGCUUUAUGAUAGAAUUAUUUUCAAAUGAAAAGAUUUUAACUUAGAUGUAGUGUAUGUAAAUAAAAAGAAAGAAGAUCAAUGUUGCUAUAGUUUCAAAAACCUGUAUCCAAGUUCAGUAUUUAGUAGUAAUAUUUAUCAUCACAGAGGCUGUACUUAUUAUUGUAAUGUUGUAGUUCUGUUUUUAGCUGAAAGCAAACUACCAUAAUUCAUGAAAGUUAGACUAAAUUGAAUAGUGUUUAUUGUUUAACAAUGAGAAGUGAUUAAUUUAAUGCUUAAUAUAAUGAAUAGAAGGCAUAUUAUGUGAUAGAACAAAUAUGUUCAUUAAAUGUACAUGUUUAAACCCUUGUGUUAAACUUGGUAUGUCUGGUGGGAUAGCCUGAGACUGUGUUACAAGAUUGCAAGUAAAUGCUGUUGUUUUUCUCAGACACUUAUGGUUUAAUAUUAUAUUUUGUGGAAUUGAUUAAAAUUAUUCUAUAUAAUGAAUAUAUCUCUUGGUGAUUAAUAAAUGUGAAAGUUUGAUUUAAUGAAUUUACUUUUAGUUAUAUGUGUAUAUAUAUAUAUGAAGAACAUCAGGAAGUAUCACAUCUCCUCCUUCACUUAAUUUUGUACAUAAUUACAGAAUGCUUAAUUUUUUACUUUUGGAUGAAUUGAAUCAGAUUGUGCCAAUGAAUGAUAGCUUUAGUUAUUACCAGAUACCAAUUAUAGGUAUUAAACUUUGAAAGUGAGGCUUGAUUGCAGUUGUGUUAAUUACUUUUAAGAAUAAAAAGUUUAUUGUUAAAUUCAGGGUAAAAUAGAAUGUAACUAAAAUAUGUAUGCACAGAUGGUAUUAUUUGUGGCUUAUUCUUCAUAUGAACUUCUGUUAUCUUUUAAUUUUGAUAGCAUUUUUCAUUAUGUUGUGUUUCUUCAUGUUUUAUACUACUGAAAUAUAUUUCUUUUCUGAUUAUGCUGGAAGUUCAAUGCUUACACAGAACAUUUUUUUAGUCAUGUUUUCUUCUGAUAAAUAUACAGUAACAUAAUUAAGUUAUAUUAGUUCAUUCACUUUCUCUCUUAAACAAAUGUUAUUACUAUAUUUUGUGUAGUUUUUCAUGCUUAAUGCAGAUAUUGAUUCUUUGCACUCCUGCAUAAUUAGAAAGUUAAAUUAUUUCUGGAUGUAUGUUGUCACUAAUACUGAGUCUAGAAAACGUUUUUAAUAGUUUUAUGUUAUUGUAAUUCAAUGUACUGAAACAUGUUAUGGUAUUUACAUCUAAUAACUAUCUUCAAAUGUUGGUUAUCUUUUUGAGUUGGGAUUUAUCUUAAUUUCAAAUCAUUAAUUAAAGGUAAAGUUUCCUAACAUUUUUUUUCUUUUUUAUAUGUAAGUGAAAUAAGACUUACAAUAGUCAUUACCUAAACAUUUGUGGGACUUAUUAUAUUUUUUUAAUUUGGUUGAAA